UGGGCCUUUUGAUUUUACUCACAAUGAUAAUAUUAACAUUCACUCAGUCGACUCUUCACUACCAUAACAGUUAGGUCUCUAGGGUUUUAGGUUUUCCGCACAAAUCACCAAUCUCCUCCCUCUCUCUCUUUCUUCACUUCAACAACACAUACCAUGACUACCGAAGAGAAAGAGAUCCUCGCCGCCAAAUUGGAAGAACAAAAGAUCGAUCUUGAUAAGCCUGAAGUUGAGGACGAUGAUGAUGAGGAUGACUCCGAUGACGACGACAAGGAUGAUGAUGAGGAAGAGGGACAAGAUGGAGAGGCAGGAAGUAGGUCAAAGCAAAGCAGAAGUGAGAAGAAGAGUCGCAAAGCUAUGCUGAAGCUCGGGAUGAAACCUAUCACUGGUGUCAGCCGUGUAACCGUCAAAAAGAGCAAGAAUAUCUUGUUUGUCAUAUCGAAGCCUGAUGUCUUCAAGAGCCCUGCAUCAGACACAUAUGUGAUCUUCGGAGAGGCCAAGAUCGAGGACUUGAGCUCUCAGAUCCAGUCGCAGGCGGCAGAGCAAUUCAAGGCUCCGGAUCUCAGCAGCGUGAUCUCGAAGGGUGAGUCGUCGAGUGCUGCAGUGGUUCAAGAUGAUGAAGAGGUUGACGAGGAAGGUGUUGAGCCGAAGGACAUUGAGUUGGUGAUGACCCAAGCAGGAGUGUCUAGGCCCAAGGCUGUCAAGGCCCUCAAGGCUGCUGACGGAGAUAUUGUCUCUGCCAUCAUGGAGCUUACAACUUAAAUCGAUAUCUCUUUCAUCUUAGAUGUGGUUUAACUUUGAGUUAUGUGCCAGAGAUUGUCCAGCAGAUUUCGGAAAUUUUUGGUUUUGAUGUUUUUCUUCAAGUGAUUUUCAAUGUUGUAUCAGUAUAAACCUCAAAAAUUAUUGAUUUUCGGUUUGGUUUAAAGUUGAUAUCCAGUGUUUGCGGUUUAG